AUCGAUGCCAAGGAAAAAGACGAAAAGUUCAAAGAGGACGAAAAAGUCAUCAUCUUCAUCGUCAUCAUCACCAUCAUCUAGUUCAUCGUUGUCUUCAUUGUCAUCUUUAUCUCCGUUAGAUCUUGAAACUUUAAAAUCUGGUCCGAUUUCAAUUGAGCAUUUAGAUGAUGAAGCUAAUAAAAGUAAACGAAAUGUUGAAGAAAAGGAUGACCUGGAGGGCGGUGGUAUUUCAGAAAUUUUUCACAAUGUUGCGAGGUCGAUUACACCUUUGUUAUCACCGAUAUUAAGAAAAGUGUCAUCAUCUCGAUCAAAAUCUCGGUCAAGAUCUCGGUCAAGAUCUCAGUCAAAUUCAUCUUCAGAUCAACGGGUAUCCGAUGAAGAUAAGAAAAAAGUAACAAUUUUGGUACCAAGUGAUGGAAAAACGAUAGACACUUCAUCUGGUGUUAAUUCAAGAGAUCUUUUUAAACCAUCUAGAAGCAAAACAAGCUCGAAUUCUGAUUCUAAAUUAGAUUUGAAUAAUUUUCAAGAGAAACACUCGAGUAGCAGACAAAGUCUACGGAGCAGUAAACGAGGUCGAAGUACUCAGAGUAGAGGUAGAAAAUCAACAAACAGUCAAAGGGGAAGUAAAAGAAAACCUCAAUCACGCGCUCGGCUUAGCUCGAGAUCUUCAGCAAGAUCUAGAACACGAUCGAAAAGAGGAUCUGGUGGUUUAUCAUCAAUGCAAAGUCGAAGUAGAAGCAGAAGUCGAAGUCGAAGCAAAAAUCAAAGUCGAAGUCGAAGCAAAAAUCCAAGUCAAAGUCAAAGUCGAAGUCGAAGUUCAAGUCACAGUCGAAGUAGAAGUCGAAGCCGAAGCCGAAGUCUAAGUUCAAGUCAAUCUUCACUUGAUUCAACGACAAGUGUCCCUUAUAAAAGUCAUAGUAAAUUUCGGAAAUCGCGAAAUCGAUCAAGAAGAAGCAAGAGAAUUUAAAAAUCCAAAUUUAAAUUAAAGAAUCUGAACCAAUCGAAACGCGAAUUAAAUCACCAUAAUUAACUUUUCUAUCAAUUUUACCCCUUUAAUUAUUCAAUUUGAGAAUCACUUGAUUGAAAAAAAGGGAAAAUAUUAAUACAAUCAAGUGUACAAAGCAAGAGAUUAUAUAAUAAAUCAACUUUUUUCCACUUGAUUAACAAAAUCAGAUGAUUAAGAUAAUAAAAAAAUAUCGAAAUCAAGAUUAAAUUUUCCAAGGUAAUUGAUAAUUUAACUAAUGGGUUUUCUGUUUGAUCAAACAAAUGGAAGAUCAUUACUAAUGUAAUUGUAAAUGACAAAAGUGUGAAAAAGGUUUGAUUGUUAAUAAUGAAAGUUAUCAUCAAUGAUUUACUGAUUGUAUUUAGUGUAACAUAAAAAUGACUGGCUAAUACCUUUUUUUAUCAUCCAUUGAUAGUAUAUCAUAAACUGAAUUAAAGGUCAUUUAGUGAGCAGGAAAACUGAAUGGACAGUUGAUAUUCAAUGUUAUCAGUGAAGAAACAAAAUCAGAUUAACUCUAAUAGUCUAAUAAAAAUGUAUUAAAGUGAUGAUGAAAAUAACGACAUCUCAUUAUUAAAGAUACAACUGACACAUUAUAUUACUAAAAGCUGAUACAAAUAAACCAAUUGUGUGAAUAAAAUAUUUAAAUUGUUAAGAAUCAGAAAGAUGGAUGCAAAAAAUUAAGUUAAUUGAAUUCACUCAAGAAGUUGCAAAGAGGAGACAAAAUUUACAAGCAAUCAAAUUGGAAUCAGAUUGAACAAUAAUGAUUAAACUAAAAUAAUCAAAUUGUAUUCAUUUGAUCAAAUAAGCUGAAAGUCAUCAACCUAAAUUAUCAAAGAUUUUACUCUCUGAAUCUAAAUCAUGAACCAUUUAUGAACCAAGUAGGAUAUGAAUUGAUGAUGAAGAUAAUCAUCAAAAAUCCCGCAUCAAUAACAAAAGGAAUGACAAACCAUUAUCUCUCUAAUGAAAGUCAAUGUAUUCAGAUUAUCAAGUGAACACAAUAGGAUUAAGAUAUGAGGAUGAAAAGUGAAGAUCGUUAGAUUAAAUCCUCUGAUCAUGCUUCUUAUGGUGAAUAUUAGAUAAUAUAAAUAUAUCAUUUCCAUGAAAUAAUACAACACAAUUUUUAUGGAGAAAUUAUAACGAUUAGAGCGAGAGAGUUAAAUUUUAA